AUGGACUUCAGCAAUGAUCUAAGCCCGACCGAGAUGUUGCUUCGCUACCUGUCCCGUAACACACUCCUGACGCCGACCACAACUACGACGAUCCAGCAAGAGCAGAAAGCCGAGCGUCAAGACCGCCAUCUCGAACACAUCGGCGAAGGGUUCUGCGCCAUAAUGUACGACUUCGCAAGUACAGGACAGGUCAUCAAGCAGGCAAAGGGGUGGAACAAGCACCCCGAACUGUGGACCGACUACACCGCUCACCAACGCAUCUACGCCGCCGGCCUCGGCAUGGGGGUGCAAGUCUGCAUCCCCCAGCCGGCAUACUUCAUGACCCCGGAGAACGUCGGCACGUGGUACUCCCGACACAGAGACGCCGGGGAGCUGCCGGACGACCCGACCCUCCUCAAAAACAUGAAGGCGCUCCUCGUCUCCGAGAGGAUCCCGGCGCUGCCCCAGACGGUUCGCGACGCGCUCGUCGACGUGUUUUGCCCCGGAGACCAGAAGGCGGCCGCGCGCGCGAGCCCGGAAAACAGGAACUGCCUCCUGCGUCUCUACCUCGGCCGUCGCCGGGCGUACAGCGGCAUCGGGAGCGAGUUAUCCGUGCACAAUUUCGACUUCUCGCUGCGGAGCGCCGAGUUUCGUCUGCGCAACUUUGAGUUCACGCUGGACAAGAUGGAGGAUCUGGGGGUCGACCCCAUGCAGUUUGUGGCGCCCAUGGCCGAGGCGCUUGCCGUCAUGCACUGGAGGGUCCGGUGCGACGCCUUCGAUGUCGAAUUCGUCCUCGGCUCGUCGCCCAAGUUGAGGGUCCGCUGUGCCUCGGUCGGAGGUGAUGAUGAGACAUCAGGAGAGAUGAGGACCACCUGGAACCGAGAGCCCGGCGACGACAACAACACCAACCCCGAGUGCCUGCAGCGGGCGGUUCAGGUCUGGCUUCUCGAUUUCAACCAAGUGGGCAGCAUCACGAUGGACGAAGAAGGUGUUGACAAGGCGGUCAGAGGGUUCUGGGACAACGAUCCCUACUAUCCCCGACCGGCUUAUCAUGAGGCGAACACGACCGAGGUGAGGCUGUGGGAGAUGUUCAAGGAGAUUUACCUGGCCACCAGCGUUGAAAUCACGAAGGAAACAUCUCUUCCCCUGUCAUUUAUUACAAAGGUCGAACAGGAAGCUACCGCGAGAUCAGCAAGUGCAUCCAUACUUCAGGGCCCGCCAAGGGGUCCGACGUUUGCGGCGCGUGUGGGAGGCAACACGGGCAAGAAGAAGCAACGCCACUAUCCUGGUGUUUAA